UCUCUCUCUCUCUCUCUCUGAGGCAUGGAGGCUACUCAGGUCUGGCUACUGGCUGCUCUCCACACCUGUAGCUCAUAGAAGCUGAAGGCUGAUAAAAGGGCAGUGGGUGGAGUGCCCUCAGCCCGCUCACCUCUUUGGCUUCAGGAGGAGCAACAGGAGGGCCCUGCCUUGAAGGUCAUGGCACAGUGGUGGCAGAUCCUCUUGGGGUUGUGGGCAGUCCUACCCACCUUGGCAGGGGACAAACUUCUCAACGUCUGCAUGAAUUCCAAGCGCCACAAGCAAGAGCCUGGCCCAGAAGAUGAACUCUACCAGGAGUGCAGGCCUUGGGAGGACAAUGCCUGCUGCACACGCCGCACAAGCUGGGAAGCCCACCUUGAGGAGCCCAUGCUCUUUAACUUCAGCAUGAUGCACUGUGGACUGCUGACCCCGGCCUGUCACCAGCACUUCAUCCAGGCCAUCUGCUUCCAUGAGUGUUCCCCCAACCUGGGGCCUUGGAUCCAGCCGGUGGACCCAAACGGGCAGGAAGAGCAGCGGGUUUGGGGCGUGCCGCUGUGCCGGGAGGAUUGUGAGGAAUGGUGGACUGCCUGCCACUCAUCUUCCACUUGUAAAUCCAGCUGGCUCCACAGCUGGGAUUGGAGUCAGGGGAAGAAACACUGCCCUGCACAUGAGCCCUGCCUCCCUUUCACGUAUCACUUCCCCACCCCGGAUGACCUGUGUGAGAAGAUCUGGAACAACACGUUCAAGGCCAGUCCUGAGCACAGGAACAGUGGGCAGUGUCUGCAGAAGUGGUUUGAGCCUACCCGCAGCAACCCUAACGUGGAAGUGGCCGUCCACUUUGCCAGCGCUGCCUUAGCCCCACAGCUUUUUUACAUCCUCCCAGCCUUCUCUCUGUGCCUGUCGUUCCAUCCCUGAGCCCCACUCCCUCCUGAUUCUUCUGGACCAUGGCCAUCUCCUUCUUCAGGCCAUUCAUGUUGAGGGCAGGCUGGCGUCUGAAUUUCCCAUGCCUCCCAGGGUCCCUCCACUGCUUGGCUCCAUCUCCACUGGUCUGGAUGGCAGCUGGUACCCAGCAGUCUACGGUGCCUCAUUUCUCCUGCCUUUACGAAUGGGCACUACUAUAGGACUCCGCGCUUCUUCUGUCCACAACCAACUCUUUUGUGACAAAGACAGUGUUGACAGUCAAGCAACAUGUCCUAUCAUGGUACCUUCAAUAAAAGGCCAGGAAACUCU